AUGCCUGACCAGCCCAUUCACAUCGCAAUAAUAGGAGGCAGUCUGGGUGGCUGCAGUCUCGCGCUCGGCCUGCAUCUUCUCAAACGCCAGGAUAUCACCUUUGACGUCUUCGAGGCAUGGAGUUUUUCAGAACGAGGUGCUGGGGUGGGCGUUCAUCCGAAUGGCCAGAAUUCACUUCGUGAGUUGGGUCUAGAUGUGGAUGCGUUGCUGGCGAGAGCGGGGGCGUUUAGGGAGAAGACGACAGAAGCUGUUGUGGCUUAUGGGGAGCAUGAAGGAGAGUAUCUUAUGGAACUUCCUCCCAUGGGAAUUCAAUGCGUUUUGAGAAAGACGCUGCUGGACGAGAUGGUCAAGCUGCUGCCUGAGGAGCGAUUGCACGCCAAUAAGAAGCUGGUGACGGUCGAGGAGGGAGAGAGAAUGGUUCUCCAAUUUGAAGAUGGAACCUCGUACGAAGCUGACGCCGUGGUCGGGUGUGACGGACUGCGUUCAACUGUUCGUGGUUUCAUCUUGGGUAAGGACGAUCCAGCCGUGCCGCCGAAAUUUACGGGCUACUGGGAUGCGAGAGCUUUCAUGAUGGCCGAGGAUUCACGAGAAGCGUGGGGAGACGACAUCGUCCAGUAUGACAAUCCUCGCGAGUACUAUAAAGUCGGCGAAGGGUGCACGAUGCUAUUUGCGUCUGCUCCAAAGGGACACUUGGGAGGGGUGGUAGUUGCUGGAGCCGCAGGUCCGGAGGAGAUGGAUAUGGUUGACAAUUCGAAAAAACCACUGACGCGGGAAUUCUUGGAGAAGAAGUUAUCUGGAUGGGGGAAGCCGUACGUCAAGGGAGUGAUUGACAGUCUGUUGAAUCCGGACUGUGGGCCUGGCAUUUUGUUUGGCGAAUAUGAAUCUCAAGAUGCACCGACGUGGUGCAAAGAUCGAAUGUGCAUCAUGGGCGACGCUGCACAUGCCGCACUUCCCUGGAUGGGCCAGGGGUUCAGCAUGGCAGCAGAAGACGCAGCCAUCAUGACAGCGCUGCUAGGCGCGGUAAGUAGUCGAGGACAUGUCGAGCAAGCGUUCCGUGCAUUCGACAAGCAACGUCGGGGACCUGGUGGUAGGCCUGAUUUCGUCGUCAAGAAAGGAGCACAAGUGGCUGCUCUCUGUGCUGGUCAAAAAGGGCUGGAUCCGUCGACUGCUCUCCAGGGGCUUGAUCAUAUGCCAGAUCUGUUUGUCCAUUUGUGGGAGGGUGACAUUAAGAAAGAGAUCCAGAGCGCGGUGGACGCCUUUGAAGGGUUUAAGUCGAGUUGA